AUGGGAAUGCUGUCGCUUCUCAUAGGAGCUCUAUGGGCUUCUAGUGUGGCCUUGUCCAUCGAGAUUCCCCAAACUCCCACAUGGCCAUCUGGAAGAUGUACUGAUAAAUCACUGACGAUCCCAAGCUGGAUUAUUACAAAAUACACUGUGUCUGGCGGCACUGCGACUUUCAGGGUCGAAAACCGCGCUGCAGACCCAACUGGCCUCAACGCUGAUAUUGAAUGCAAGGGAACCGGUCAAUGCCAGGGCAGCUCUGGCAGCGAUGAAAUGCGCGUUUCUCUAUCCCAAGAAGCAGGAGGCACAAUCAUUACCAUCACUGAACUUUGGGUGUGCGGGGAUGCCGGUGAUAAAGUCAUAUUUUAUGCCAGUGGCAGUACAGGCAUAACUCAAUGCCAAGGUAGCGAUUGUGUUUCUCCUAUACCAUACCUCGUUCAAGGCAGUACUACUUUGCCAGUCCCUCUCUCGCCGACUCAACCCGUGCCACCGCCUGGCUUUGAUCAGCCUUCAUGUUCAAACAUCGGCGAUGACCAGUGGGUCGUAAGUGAAGUGUCAUACAAGAACUACACCAAAGGCCAAUGCAAGCAAUGGUACAGCCCUGAUCGUAUCUGCUUGGACCCAGUCAAUUUCUUGUCUAAGGGCGUAUAUCUUCACCUCAAGGUUACAAAUAACGCGAUUGCACAUGAGGUUGCCUGUGACUUCACUCCGUCAUACGGCAGCUUCUCUCCACCCAGCCCUUUGCGCUGCACUGGUGGAGAGUUCAAUGAAAUAAUCUUGGACGUGACCUUGACUGGCACAGCACCCGAGUUUGAUUUGCAGAUUGAGCAGCUUUGGUACUGUCUUGAAAACCCUUCUACCAACGUGUCUCCUACCGUCAUUGUCGCCAGCGGAAAUACCUCGUUUCAAAUGGAGUGCGAAUCAAGUACAGGAAUUACAGGCUCAGCAGACGACAUCAUAACCACUUGCACCGAUCCAUCCAGCAGUCACUCUGUACAGGGAACAAAAGAUGCUAAGAAUUCUUUGCCUGAUUUUUCGCUUGUGACAGCGUAUCCUGCAAAGGGCGGUUGCACUUUUGAUAGCGUUGUCAACCCAACCUGGUACAUGCGCGGCAUGUUCUUUGAGACGAAUGAUUAUCCUUCGGAUAACCCAAAGAGUGCCACUCUUAGCCGUUUUACCUGUGGUUUGACAGGACCGGGUUUCGCAGACUACUUCUUCUAUGUAUACGAGGCACUGUCAGGCAGUGGGAUAGAGACAGUAUAUAAUUGCAACUCUUACAAUGAUGGCAAGCCCGUGGACGAUCAUUGGAACUGCACUUACAGUUUUGAUCCGUUCAACAAGAUCAUCGCACUCAAUAAAGUGUGGAAAUGCUCGGAUAAGAAUAAAGAAGCCCCGCUUUAUUUCAACGGUAUCGGCACAUUUGACUGGAAGGUCGAUCCAUACUACAGAUGCACUACUACCGACACAUCUCUUAGCUGUUCUUGGUACGAUAGUUUGGCAACCCUUCAACCUGGGCUGCCUUUCGACAUUCCCACGGUAACUGUGAGCUUGACCAAAGUUGCUCCUGCUCGCAUCGAGAGUCUGAGAGUCAACGGAAAUUGGACCCUAGAAGGUGCCGGAGAUAUAUUUGGGGCUUAG